AUGGAGCGGGCUAAUCAUCGUUGGUUGUUUGGCGAGACGCCUCUGCACGUAGCAGCACUGCUCGGGCAUUGCGAGUUCGCCAAAGUGGUUGUCGGUCUAAAGCCAGAGCUAGCCAAAGCUUUAGAUUCAAGUGGGUCGUCGCCUCUUCAUUUGGCAUCUGCCAAAGGGUAUAUCCAGAUUGUGCAUGAUUUGGUCUUGUCCAAGCCUGAGAUGUGCUCGGUUCUGAAUCGGGAUGGUUUAAACCCGCUCCAUCUUGUAGCCAUCAAGGGUAAUUUAGAGAUGGAGGCCCUAAAGCUAUUAUUGGGGACAGAGAGCACGGCUCUGGCGUGUAUGGGCGUGCAGGAUCUGAUCAAUGCUAGAGAUGAAUACGGCAACACCAUAUUGCAUAUAGCUGUUGCAGAUAAACAAAUCGAGGACAUUCUAGCUCAAAGUAGAAGAGAUGUGCUAGAUUGGGACAUUGGAAAUUCUCUCCAAGAAGCUGGAGACUUGAAGGGAUGUGCUGUUACUGGCUUACCUUCUGUCAUAAGUUCAAAUUUCCCAACCCACACGACUGCUCACUGUCAGGCUAGAACAUCAUCAUUUGAUGACAAAAAUCCACAAAUGCCCUCAUUUCUAUGGGCUGAAAAAAAUUCAAAAGCUAAACAAGGGGAUAAUGAGUCCCACGGACAACUCAAUCAAGGCAAGUGGUUGGCCAAGAAAACAGAUGCGCUGAUGGCUAUGGCAUCGCUUGUGGCAACAAUGGCUUUCCAGGCAGGGGUGAACCCUCCUGGCGGAGUCUGGCAAGAAAAUAUACCUGGACAAUAUAAUGCAGGGGAAGCUGUUGUUGCUUUUAAGUAUCCAGGAAUCUACAAAUAUUACCUUUCUGCCAACGCUAUUGGUUUUUUUUUCUUCACUUAG